AUGGAGAGACACAGGACUAUAAAGAAGAGAUUCCCCCCCCAGUCCCCUCAUAGAAACCAACAGGAUGCUACGGACAACCAGCCUGCCCUGUCCCACAGACCAGGCUGUCCCCGUCCCACAGACCAGGCUGCCCCCGUCCCACAGACCAGGCUGCCCUGUCCCACAGACCAGGCUGCCCCCGUCCCACAGACCAGGCUGCCCCGUCCCACAAACCAGGCUGCCCCCGUCCCACAAACCAGGCUGCCCCGUCCCACAAACCAGGCUGCCCCCGUCCCACAAACCAGGCUGCCCCCGUCCCACAGACCAGGCUGUCCCCGUCCCACAGACCAGGCUGCCCCCGUCCCACAGACCAGGCUGCCCCCGUCCCACAGACCAGGCUGUCCCCGUCCCACAGACCAGGCUGCCCCCGUCCCACAGACCAGCCUGCCCUGUCCCACAGACCAGGCUGCCCCCGUCCCACAGACCAGGCUGCCCCCGUCCCACAAACCAGGCUGCCCCCGUCCCACAAACCAGGCUGCCCCCGUCCCACAAACCAGGCUGCCCCCGUCCCACAGACCAGGUUGCCCCCGUCCCACAGACCAGGUUGCCCCCGUCCCACAGACCAGGCUGCCCCCGUCCUACCCCCGUCCCACAGACCAGGCUGCCCCGUCCCACAGACCAGGCUGCCCCGUCCUGCCCCCGUCCCACAGACCAGGCUGCCCCGUCCUGCCCCGUCCCACAGACCAGGCUGCCCCCGUCCCACAGACCAGGCUGCCCCGUCCCACAGACCAGGCUGCCCCGUCCUGCCCCCGUCCCACAGACCAGGCUGCCCCGUCCUACCCCCGUCCCACAGACCAGGCUGCCCCCGUCCCACAGACCAGGCUGCCCCCGUCCCACAGACCAGGCUGCCCCGUCCUGCCCCCGUCCCACAGACCAGGCUGCCCCGUCCCACAGACCAGGCUGCCCCGUCCUGCCCCGUCCCACAGACCAGGCUGCCCCGUCCUGCCCCCGUCCCACAGACCAGGCUGCCCCUGUCCCACAGACCAGGCUGCCCCCGUCCCACAGACCAGGCUGCCCCGUCCCACAGACCAGGCUGCUCCGUCCUGCCCCCGUCCCACAGACCAGGCUGCCCCGUCCCACAGACCAGGCUGCCCCGUCCCACAGACCAGGCUGCCCCGUCCUGCCCCCGUCCCAGGCUGCCCCGUCCCACAGACCAGGCUGCCCCGUCCUGCCCCCGUCCCAGGCUGCCCCGUCCCACAGACCAGGCUGCCCCGUCCUGCCCCGUCCCACAGACCAGGCUGCCCCGGUCCCAAGCUGCCCCCGUCCCACAGACCAGGCUGCCCCGGUCCCAGGCUGCCCCCGUCCCACAGACCAGGCUGCCCCGUCCUGCCCCCGUCCCACAGACCAGGCUGCCCCGUCCCACAGACCAGGCUGCCCCGUCCUGCCCCCGUCCCACAGACCAGGCUGCCCCCGUCCCACAGACCAGGCUGCCCCCGUCCCACAGACCAGGCUGCCCCCGUCCCACAGACCAGGCUGCUCCGUCCUGCCCCCGUCCCACAGACCAGGCUGCCCCGUCCCACAGACCAGGCUGCUCCGUCCUGCCCCCGUCCCACAGACCAGGCUGCCCCGUCCCACAGACCAGGCUGCCCCGUCCCACAGACCAGGCUGCCCCGUCCUGCCCCCGUCCCAGGCUGCCCCGUCCCACAGACCAGGCUGCCCCGUCCUGCCCCCGUCCCAGGCUGCCCCGUCCCACAGACCAGGCUGCCCCGUCCUGCCCCCGUCCCACAGACCAGGCUGCCCCGGUCCCAAGCUGCCCCCGUCCCACAGACCAGGCUGCCCCGGUCCCAGGCUGCCCCGUCCCACAGACCAGGCUGCCCUGUCCCCGUCCCACAGACCAGGCUGCCCCGGUCCCAGGCUGCCCCCGUCCCACAGACCAGGCUGCCCCGUCCUGCCCCCGUCCCACAGACCAGGCUGCCCCCGUCCCAGCCUGCCCCCGUCCCACAGACCAGGCUGCCCCCGUCCCACAGACCAGGCUGCCCCCGUCCUGCCCCCGUCCCACAGACCAGGCUGCCCCGGUCCCAGGCUGCCCCCGUUCUGCCCCCGUCCCACAGACCAGGCUGCCCCGGUCCCACAGACCAGGCUGACCCGGUCCCAGGCUGCCCCCGUCCCACAGACCAGGCUGCCCCGGUCCCACAGACCAGGCUGACCCGAUCCCAGGCUGCCCCCGUCCCACAGACCAGGCUGCCCCGGUCCCAGGCUGCCCCUGUCCUACAGACCAGGCUGCCCCGGUCCCAGGCUGCCCCCGUCCCACAGACCAGGCUGCCCCGGUCCCAGGCUGCCCCCGUCCCACAGACCAGGCUGACCCGGUCCCAGGCUGCCUCCAGAUUGCACUAG